AUGAGUCUUCUUUCAUCAAGUCUCAAACACCAACAACAACCUCAACUGGCACAAAGUUUUGGCCGACAGCAACAACACUUAAUGGCUGCACAAGAUCAAGAACAGAAAUUUAAGAAUAAUCCGUUUUUUGAAAAAUUAUUUAAUAGAAUUGAUGGACUAGUUUCAAUAAUUGUGUGUGAUAUGGAAGGAAAUAUUGUGUCUAGAGGUUAUUCCGAAGAUUGUACAAUUGAAUUUGAUAAUACUUUUCCAUCAACACAUAUUCAAGCUUCUGAACAGGCUAACAAAUUACCAUUCGGAAAGAAUAGAUAUAUAAUCAGUUGUUAUGACGAUUAUUCAGUUCUUCAAAUGCAUACGGAACCAACCAAAGCGGUAAAUCAAGACCAAGGUAUGCAUAAAUCAAAAUCAGAAACCUCUGUUGAAAACGAUGAAGAUGACGAAGAAGAAUUAGGUGAUUCUUUGUUUGUUUCCUUCAUAUGUACGUCGGAUACAAGUUUACAACUUAUAAUUGAUUUGUCAGAUUAUAUUUUAGAAGCAAUGAACACACUUUACGCGUCACCCGAAAUAACAGAUCAAUAA